AUGUUUGUAUUGGCUGUGUUGGAAGAUACUGUACGAAUUAAACCGCAUCAGUUCGGCGAAUCUUUUGAACCGAUGUUAAUGAAACGUCUGAAUGAACAACUCGCUAACAAAAUCGUCCCAGGGUUAGGUCUUUGUAUUAUAAUUUAUGAUCUCCUUGAUGUUGGUGUUUCGUAUAUACUACCGGGUGAUGGCAGCACGCAUACAAAAGUUAAGUUUCGUUAUGUUGUAUUUCGACCUUUUAUUGAUGAAAUCAUUGAAGCAAAAGUGUUAUCAAGUAAUGCAGAAGGAUUGAUGUUAUCAGUAAUAUUUUUCGAGGAUAUCUUUAUACCGGCACAUCGUCUGCCACAACCGUCUAUUUUCGAAGAGGAAGAGCAGAUUUGGUACUGGGAUUAUCAACCUGAAGAUGGGCAGUCUGCAAAACUGUAUAUGGAUCCUGGUAAAACUGUUCGGUUCCGAGUUAUUGACAAUAUUUUCAAAGAUGUAGAUCCUAAUAGUAACCAGGAUGAAUUGAAACGAGAGAAAUCAUAUCAAAUUAUCGGAUCAAUGGCUGAAACUGGAUUAGGAUGUGUAUUGUGGUGGGCACCAAACGAGGAAGAUGCAAAUGAUGAAGAAGACGUAGGUGAAAUGUAUGAAGGAAUGACGGAUGAUCACGAGGACGAAUAA